GGCAACCCGUGAGUGGGCGGGGCUUAGCGCUCCACGGUAGAGCUUACGGCUGUGGUGGCUGGAGCGGUACUUUACUCAUCACUGUGGCGGGGAGCGUCUCUCUGCAGGCCGGCUACAGCGCAGGCUCCGCACCGCUCCGUUCCGCUCCGGGCGCAUCACGGCAAAUCCGUGGAGUCCGCGUGCUCCCUGUCUUAAAAAAAGUGCGCACCCAGCCGGAUAAGACCGUCAUCUGCAGGGAAGAAGACGCACCACGGACACCGGCGCACUUGGCUGAAGGGAGACAGCAAGAAAAAAAAAACAAAAGAACAAAAUUAUGAUGUUGAAGCAGCACCUGCUCUUCGUGCUCUGCAGCGUCUGCGGGACUGUCGUUAAAGAGGCAGCAACAAAAAACAAAGCGAAAGGCAGUCAGAGCCAGUUUCCUGUCACCCAGAAUGUGACAGUGGUGGAGGGGAGCACAGCCAACAUGACCUGCCGUGUGGAUUACAACGAUAACACCUCCCUCCAGUGGUCAAACCCUGCACAGCAAACCCUUUUCUUUGGGGACAAGAAAGCACUGAGGGACAACCGAAUUGAGCUGGUUCGAGCUUCGUGGAAGGAGCUGACCAUCAGCAUCACUGAAGUGACUCUUUCUGAUGAGGGACAAUAUACGUGUUCGCUCUUCACCAUGCCCAUCAAGACCUCCAAGGCCUUCCUCACUGUUCUGGGAGUGCCAGAGAAACCAGAAAUCACUGGCUUCACAAAACCUGCUGUGGAAGGAGAGGAUGUCACGCUCACAUGCACAACAUCUGGAAGCAAACCAGCCGCUGACAUCCGAUGGUUCAGAAAUGAUAAAGAGGUGCAAGGUGUGAAGGAGGUGAAUGCCACAGGCAGGUCUUUCACAGUGAAGAGCACCAUACAACUCCAAGUGGACCAGAAAGAUGAUGGAGCUGCAUACACCUGCAGCGUAGAGCACAUUGCCCUGAACUCAACUCCUCACCAAGUCACAGAGGUGCUGGAGGUCUACUAUGCACCUCAGGUAGAGAUUGUUCCAUCUUUAAUCGUGCCACAGGAAGGACAGUACUUCAAACUGGAGUGUACAUCUAAAGGCAACCCCUUACCUGACCGAGUGUUAUGGACAAAAGACGGCGGGGUGCUUCCUGAUGUCGAGCGAAUGAUAGUAGAAGGCAGAGAACUAAUCAUCACAAGCCUUAAUAAAACAGACAAUGGCACAUACCGGUGUGAGGCAAGGAACCAUCUUGGGACCAACAGUGAUGAAUAUGUUCUGUUUGUGUAUGCCAAAAACUUACCAGGUACUUCAGACCCAAAUGCGUUGACUCAACAUGGUCCUGAUCACGCACUGAUCGGAGGAGUGGUGGCUGUGGUGGUCUUCAUCACGCUGUGCUUCAUCAUCGUCUUGGGCCGCUAUCUGGCCAGGCAUAAAGGGACAUACUUAACCAAUGAGGCCAAAGGAGCGGAGGACGCCCCUGACGCAGACACGGCCAUCAUCAAUGCGGAGGGGAACUACGCACAUGCAGAGGAAAAGAAAGAGUACUUCAUUUAGCACCUCUGUUUCUUCCUUUCUGUUGCGUAACUGUCAUGGCAACGCUGCUAGCCGGCCCGGGGAGGGCGCUAAGUCACUCGGUGCAGCCUGCUGGGGCUCCGGGUCUCCCUCCUCAAUCUCCUAAAGGAGCUUACUUAGCCUCUAAUGUGGGCAAAAUUGACACCAGAGAGCGUUGCCAUUUUAUAACGCCAGUCUAAUCACCAAAAACAAAAAGCCGUUGAGUUUGUUACUGUACAACCAGGUCCAUUUAGGCUCAAACCAUCAUAUUCCUCCCUCCAACUCGCCAUCCUCUCAUAGAAAUCAGUUUGUUUGAGUUGCCAAGUGCCAAAAUAUACAGACACGUUCUGUGUUCGUUGUUGUGCUUUUUUAAACUUAUUUUUCCCAUUGAAUACUGCUUUCAUUACCCCCCUCACUGUGCCUGUUAUAUACCUUUUGCAGAUAUUACCAGGGAGCGGCAAGAAAUGUGGUUCAUCUCAAGUCGGAAAACCUUGGCUUUGCCAAUAAUUACGCUUUAAGGCAAGAAUAUGUGCGCUGCAUAAUGUGAAUAUUUAUUGUCUUUUUUUUUUAGUUUUUAUUUUUUACAUUGUGAAAGUGAGUGUCCUCUGAAGUGUACGCCAUUACAAGAAUGUUAUAUAAAGAUAAAAGACUGAACAUGGACAUUUAUGUAAUAUAUGGAUAACAAAAUAUUGACAAAAUAAAUGAAAAAUGAAGUGAUAACAAUUGAAAGCACAAUUCAUAAUUGUUCCAGGCCUAAUGAAGCAAACAUAUAGCUUAUUGUGUUAUUAUAUAUGUCUGUAUAUCUUUGCUCUUUUCAUAUUUGGCCCUUAAUUUAUUUUUAAAUGUGG